AUGACGCCGCCACCCUGCCAUGGCCGCCCUUGUGCAGUGCCGCCGCAGGCGCCGUCCGACGCGUCGUUGCCCCAGAUCCGGCGAUUCCGUGCCCGGAUCUCGCCGCCGUGGACCAGAUCCACUCCGCCCCGACCUCGUCUGGCCUCGUCCCCGCUCCUCGCGUACCCCGGCGAUCGCCGCCGAUGCCUGUACCGUGGUAUCAACUCUGAUUUGUUUGGGUGCCAAACACAGGAAGUCAAUCCAGAUGAUAGGAUCAGCAGCUUGCCCAAUGACAUCCUGCUCAACAUUCUCGACCGACUCGAUGUCCGCAACGCUGCAAGAACCAGUGUCCUCUUGAGAAGGUGGAGUCAGCUUCCUGCAAUGCUCCCACGGCUUGUAAUCAGUGCUCCGGACCUCCUGCCCUCAGAAACUAAAACCAAAAAGACCAAUGGUAAAUUGGUUCGGAGGACCAAAGCAGCUGUGGCCGAAGCUUUGGCCAAUGCAGGAUUGUCCAAUGCUGAAUUGGUUCAGAGGACCAAUGCAGCUGUGGCCAAAGCCUUGGCCGAUGCAGCCAAAGUUGUGGCCAAUACAGCUGCGGCCAAAGCGACAAAGAGCAUACUGGCACGCAGGGAUCCGGGUGGAUGCACUAUCCGCCUCUUGAGCAUGACGUUCUACUUGAAAGACGAUGCCCCCAUAUCAGUUGGGCAUUCUGUUGCCAGUGCCAUGGCAACAUGCAAGAUUGAAAAGGCUGAAUUCAUAGUUCUGACAGAGAAGGAAUGCCUAGAGUGCGACGUUUAUGACAUGGAAAACUAUGGGACACGGUUUGUGUCGUUUUUUAAUGAAUGUGUCAAUGCAUUUGCUGGUCUCACCCGCCUCCACCUGCAGAAUUUGAGAUUCGCCAAAUCAGACUUUGUUUCCAACAUCCUUGUCACUUGCAAGAAAUUAAAUUAUUUAGGUUUUCUCAAUUGCGACACAGAGGAUUGGAUAACGCUCCAAGUUGAACAUGCACAGCUCAGUGAGCUCAGUAUUGUUAAUUGCCGGUUUGACAUGGUCAAACUCGCCUGGGUUCCGAAACUCACCUGCCUGGCAUUUGAGUUUUGGGUGUCUUUCAGAAAACCACCAUUGUCAUUUGGCCAUGUCCCAUUGCUUGAGGUUCUGCGCCUUUCAAAUGUUGCUCUUAAUCGGCACAAAAUGGUCAAGUUAAGUACAUUUCUUCACGAGACCUCUGUCCGAGACCUGAGGUUGGGGUUUAAAUCUGAAAAGAUUUGGGUUCAACCAGAGUGUUUGACCAGAAGGCAGGCAUAUGUGUUCUGCCAACUAAGGAUUCUCAAUCUACUUAGCAUUCCUGAAGGGUAUGAUCUCACCUGGACAAUGUUCUUUUUGGAAGCGGCGCCAUCCCUGAAGGAGCUCAUAUUGACGGUAAUUGAUCAUCCAUGUGAAAUGGAAAUGGACCAGAAGGUGAGGAGGCAGAAGUCCUAUAGCAGGAACAAGGGUGUCCAGUGGGAAUCACCUACAUCAAAUUUCAAGCACCAUUGUCUCACCAAGCUAACCUUCUUCUGCUUCCAAUAUGAAGAGUACAUGGUGAGUCAUGUCAGGCGUGUCAUGAAAGCAGCGGUGAAUCUAGGGGAUGUGUACCUGUAUGACAGGCUCACAUGUAUCUACUGCGAAGGCGAGGAGCCUCUAAAGCCGAUAGUGUUUCCGAAGACAAAUAAGCAGAUGUCUUCAGUGGAGAAGCAAAUCAGGAAGGGCAUCGAGUCACCUGCCAUAAUCCACUUCCUGGCGGCUGCUGAAAUAAGCGAUGAUUAUCGUGCAAGGGUAACUGAAGACUGUUAGUGGCAGUUUAUUGAAUACCAAGUCGGCUUGCCUGAGUACUCGAUUGGGCUAGAAAUAGUGGUCCAAAUACGCAUUUCCUUAUUUGGUCUGCUUCUGUAGUUGCAAUGCCUUGUAUAAUUAAAAUCAGUUGA